AUGCAGGCCAUGUUGCGGCUGGCGCCACAUCCGCACGUCUUGGCCAUCGACUGCGCCGUGCUCGACGAGAUUGAGCGCAAGCGCGUGGCCGGCUUCACGAUGUGCUUGAUGCAGGCCGUCGACGACCUGAACCUCAAGUUCGGCGUUUUGCACGAAAACUUUCGCUCCCGCAAGUUCCUAACAUAUUUGGAUAUUGAAUUGGUCGACGAGGCCGACAUGGUCAGGCAAGACAAGUGGAUCAAGCACCCGGAAGUGGAGCUCGACCACGACAUUGAAGUUUUCUAUCAAGAGAUGAUGCGGCGGGUGAGGAGGCGGCGGCCAGAUGGUACUCAGGCCCUGGGAGCGUCCUAUGUCCGUGCUAGCCGAUCAUGCGAGGAUCUUGCUUGCCACAGGUAG